UAAUUCCGUUGUCGUCUCUUUCUACCCUUCUUCGAUCUCACUCCUCCAAAACUCAGCCACUAUUUUAAAAUUUGCAAAAAAGACCCAAAACUUUCCAUCCAAUUCGAGGGGAAAAAAAACCCCAAUGGACAAGUACGAAGUAGUGAAGGAGAUCGGGUCGGGUAACUUCGGCGUCGCCCGCUUGAUGCGGCACAGGGAGACGAAGGAGCUCGUUGCCAUGAAGUUCAUCCCCAGGGGCCAAAAGAUUGAUGAGAACGUUGCCAGGGAGAUCAUUAAUCACCGGUCUCUUCGGCAUCCUAACAUUAUUCGGUUCAAAGAGGUUGUUUUGACGCCGACGCAUCUGGGGAUUGUGAUGGAAUAUGCUUCCGGCGGCGAGCUCUUUGAUCGGAUCUGUAGCGCUGGAAGAUUUAGCGAAGACGAGGCGAGAUAUUUUUUUCAGCAGCUAAUCUCUGGCGUCAGCUACUGCCAUUUUAUGCAAAUAUGCCACCGAGACUUGAAGCUGGAGAACACUCUCUUGGACGGUAGCCCGGCGCCGCGCCUCAAAAUCUGCGACUUCGGUUACUCGAAAUCGUCAGUUCUGCACUCGAGGCCCAAGUCCACGGUGGGGACACCGGCGUACAUUGCACCGGAGGUGCUCUCUAGGAAAGAGUACGAUGGCAAGUUGGCAGAUGUAUGGUCAUGUGGAGUCACUCUUUACGUGAUGUUGGUGGGAGCCUACCCUUUUGAGGACCCGAGUGACCCUAAAAAUUUCAGGAAAACCAUUUCGAGGAUAAUGUCAAUUCAAUACAAGAUCCCAGACCAUGUACACUUAUCCAUGGACUGCAAGCACCUCCUCUCCCGUAUAUUUGUUGCUAAUCCAGUUAAGAGGAUCAACAUUAAGGAAAUAAAGAGUCACCGUUGGUUCUUGAAGAACUUGCCAAGAGAGCUAACAGAAGAGGUACAAGCACUCUACUUCAAAAGGGACAACUCCGCUCCCACUUACUCCCUACAGAGCAUCGACAACAUUAUGAACAUCGUGAAGGAGGCGAGAAAUCCUGCACCGUCGACGACACCCGUUCCAGGCUUUGGAUGGACCGAGGAUGAAGAUGAAGCGGAGGGAGAAAACAAGGAAGGGAAAAAUGAGGAAGAAGAUGAUGAAGACGAGUAUGAUAAGACAGUCAAAGAAGUUCAUGCCAGUGGAGAAUUCCAAAUCAAUAAUGAUUGUUAAAUGUUAUGUGAGUUACCUCAUGAGGUGUGUUUUAUCGCCAUGUUGUAAAAUGAUCUACAUUUUAUGUGUUUUGUCCUCCAUAUAUUUGUGUAGCAAGAACUCUGUUCCGUUGGUAAUGUUAAAAGAUUUGUUUAUAUUGAUAGUCA